AUGGGCGACCAAGGGACAAUGCCUUUCAGGCCCAUUGCCCCUCGUCUGGCACCAGGGGGCAAUGGAGGUUCAAAUUCAGGGCCACCACCAGAGGAUGGUCGCAUGAGAAGGGCUUCGACGGCCUGCAAAGAGUGCCAACGACGUCGGACAAGGUGCAGCGGAGUUCCUUGUACAGAAUGUCUGGCUCAUGGCCGCGAAUGCGUCUUCGAUGAAUCCUCCGACAGACGCCGCAAAGCAUCAGCCCGAAGAACCCAGGAAGAGCUGAUGGGUCUCCGAGAUUUCGUGGAUCAGAUGCUGGCUGUGCUUCGAUAUAGUACUUACCCAGGCAUCGAACAUCUCCUCCAUACCAUCCGGUCCGGCGCCUCGCAGGACGACAUCCGCGCCACCGUCUCCCACCUGUUAGCUCAAAUCCCCAACCCUCCCGUCCCGGACGCCCAGAACCCCGAGAUGGACCCGAAUAUCAUGAGCAGAGCCAUGGGCAAUUUCUUUGAUCCGCGCUAA